CACUGGACAUCUUUGGAAAAGGGGUCCACGUCGCUGGGGAGCUGGUUGUCAGUUUGCGGCGGAGAAAGUGAGCGCCGUGCGUAGGAGACGAGUCGUAAGAAAGAAAGUUGAGUUAAAAAGCGCUGAAAGGGCUCUCAGCUUGCGCAGCGGGGAAAAGCAAGUCUUUAUUUGAAGAAAAAAAGAACAACUAUAGUGGUAAAAAAAAAAAAAAAAACGUUCUUACUUCCUUUCUGCUGCUUCGUCAAGUCGAUGCGCAAAUGUGGCCACAGGUAUUGUGCAGAGACUCAGCGGUAGAGAUUGCUCAUUAUUUCCUGUUCUCUUCACAAAACCAAACCUGGCCGUGGUUUUUCUGACACCUAACGGGCGCAGUGCCAUGCUCGCCCGUGCCAGUCGUCAGAUCUCACACAAGGAAUGGCUUCGCCCAAGACUUUACGAGAAUGGUGCCGAGUUACAUGCGCCGGUUACCCCGACGUGGAAAUAAAGGACAUGUCAUCCUCAUUCAGGGAUGGACUGGCAUUUUGCGCCAUCAUCCACAAGCACCGACCUCACUUGAUUGAUUUCAGCUCCCUCUCCAAAGAUAACGUUUACGAAAAUAACAAACUGGCAUAUGAGGUUGCAGAAACCAAACUGGGGAUCCCUGCACUGCUGGAUCCGAAGGACAUGAUCCUCACCAAGGUGCCCGAUUGUCUGGGCGUCAUCAGCUACAUUUCUCAGUACUAUUACUUCUUCAACGGGAAGUCUUAUGGACCCUACAGAUCCUGGUCAUCCCAUGUCGUUGUGUUGAACAACCUCCCAAAGGGUGACAGCACUGAGGAUCAGACACACCUGAAGAGUUUGACUGAUCUGGAAAGCAGCACAGCAGACAGUUUUGCCAACAGCAGGACGCGAACGGUGUGCAGCCUGUGUUUCAAGCCCGUCCACUUCAUCCAGCGGCGCCUGAUCGACGGGAAGGCCUAUCAUCGCAGCUGCUUUAGAUGCAAAGUGUGCCACUGCUCUCUUUUAGCCGGGUCCUACACACAGGGGACCGACACCCGCUCCUUGAUCUGUGCGUACCACGUUACGGAGGCCGCGACCGCCUCCUCUGACAUCAAUAAGCUAAUUAGAUCUACCAAUAACCGGUCCGAGCGGGAAGUCCCGGCGGAUUUUCACUCUCUGGACGGAGUGGCUGUCACAAGCGUGCCCUGUUACACUCAGACGGCGGAGUCACGGGACAGGCCGGUUGGUAAAACCGAUUGGGUGGGAAAGCAGGAGGGGAGCAAAGAGGUGAUCGACGGAGAAAACUCAACCGCCGGACCGUGCUGUCGUCCCCCAUCCGGCAUAAAAGGGGCCACUGUCCAGGAGGUUAAAAACAAGGGUGGCGUGACCAAUGAGGCAGUCAUCAGAUCAGGUGGUGAAGCGAGGAUCUCUGAGCUCUCCUCGCCUCGUGAAGGAGGUCCUGGUCCUGUCCCGGCACCCAGACGCAGCUCUGCCGUCCCUGUUCCUGCACCCAGAGCCAGGACCCCACGCACCAUGAGCGCUGCAGGUAUCGCAGACAGUCAAAGUGAAUCUCAACUCGCCUCUCCUCACGUCACGAGCCCUAAAGUGCAAACCAAUCAUCCGUGGCUGAACAUCGUGCACCCGGGGCCCUGGACGCAGCUGCCUCCCGCUCCAGCUCCCGUACCUUUCCCCCGCUCCAAAACCGUCUCCAACACGCGGGCGGCAGGGAGCGGGCCAAGAGCUCCUCCUCCCAAUCCAUUUGAAGAGGAGGGGGUCGAGGAGGCUCUGCGGGAGGAAGCCAAACUCAAGUCAGCCGACCAGAAUAAACCCUCGGGGGCAGACGUCCAUUCAAAGAGCGGGGACACGCGUUCUGUGCUUGGUGCCAACAAUCCUCCCGUUGAGUCCGUGCAGAGUACCGGAAAGCUGCCAGAUAAACCCCGCCGCUCACAUUUGGCUAAAGGGGGCGGAGAUGCAGCACCUGAAACGGCAAAGGCAGCGACCACCGGCCCAGUGGAGGCUUUAGGUGAGCGGCAGGUGGCUUCAUCAGAUGUUACGGACACACAGGGUCCCAUUUUUCCCAGAAGUCUGUCAGUGCCAGCUAUCACAGCUGAGCCCCCCCAGUCUGACCCAGCACCAGCGGAGCUGAGGGAGGCUGAUGAGCCUCUGACACCACGUCAAAGUAAGACUGCGUGUAAAGAAAAUCCUUUUAACAGAAAACUGGAAAUGUCCAAGUCAAAGACUUUUCAGGACCUCUCGUCCAGUCGGGGCACCGCCCCCGGCCACGGUUUCCCUCUCAUCAAAAGGAAGGUGAAGGCAGAGCAGGAUGUUCCUGUGGAGGACCUGCAGGUCCAGAUGAAGGAACUAGACACAAAACUCAAGGCACUGGAACAACGGGGAAUUGAACUAGAGAGGAGUCUCAGAGGCUGCAAGAAGGGUAAAGAAGAGGAGCAAAUGCUCACAGAGUGGUUCUCCCUCAUCCACGAGCGUCACAUUCUUUCUAGAAAAGAUACAGAACUGGUCUAUCUGUCAAAACAGCAAAAGUUAGAGGACAGACAGGCAGAUGUAGAGUACGAGCUCAGAUGUCUUCUCAAUAAACCCGAGAGUGACUGGAGCCAGAAGGAUCGAGGGCGGGAGCAGCAGCUCAUGGAUGAGCUGGUGGCUAUCAUUGAACAGAGAAACCAGAUUAUCAGCAGUCUGGACCAGGACAGACAGAGGGAAAAAGAGCAAGACAUUCUCUGGGAAGGCAGGAUGGGGAACAAAGACGUCAAGAAAGAGGUACCUAAAGAGCUCAGGAGUUCAAGAGGAAAGUUCAAACCUGCUAAAGUAUUUAAAAUGCUGAACAUUAAAGCAGGGAGCAGCAAGGCCUCUGUGGAGAAGAAGAGCUGAAAAAGCAGUUUUUGCUGCAAAAACAAGUCAGAUUCUGGAUUUAUGCAGCCACACAAUGUUUUUUAUGAUUUUCUUUUCCCUAAGGAAAAGUUUAAUCCAUAUGAUGGACAUGAUUUACAGGGUGAGUUCCAUGUUGCUUCAACAUGCAGAAGAGUUGCCAUUUUACUUGUAGGGACACAUGUGGACUUGCUGUUGUGUGUGGACGUUUUAUUUUUGAGAAAGCUCCCAGAAAUGGAAGAAAUGAACUUUUCCUUGGCAUGUGUCAGAAAAUGUAGAAGUCAAAAAUCCCGGGAAGAAAUUGGAGAUAUCACUAUAAACCUUGUUCCCUGUAGAUAAAAUGCAUUCAAAUAUUUUGUAACACACCAAAAGAAAAUUUAAAAGUUAUAUGAUCAAAAUUCGUGGGUUUUUGUAGACAUUAGUUUACACAACAAAAACCUCAAUUUCACUAACAGAUAUUCCUAAUUUAGGAUCCACAAUGGUUUUGUCAAUCUCUUAUUUAUUAAUCCGUCAUUUUAAAGAAAUAUAUGAAUUGUUAUGGAGGUAUACACUUUGAGAUGUUGACCCUUUUUUAAAACAUAUUUUUGUUGAGACUAAUGGAUAUAUUAAACCCAAUCUCAAUUUUGAUACUUAUUUCACUAUAAUUUGUCUUAAUAUUUUAAAUCUGUACAUAUCAAUUUUGAUAAUAUUUUACUGAAAAACUUCCUUCAACUAAAAGUGGAAUUGACAGUCCUCAGAAAUGAAGGUGUCAUGGUGGUAUCACGUUUGUUAAAAUACUCUAACUAUUUCCCUGUGGCGUCACCUAUUACCAAAAGUUUCCACUUAUUCCAUACUUUCUUACAUGAUGACCUUUACAUCUGGACUGUGACUGUUAGAAUGUUUUAUGUGAGAUUCAGUCCUUUAACGCACGUUGCUUUGGUGACCAAAAAUAAAGAAUUUAAGUCG